CUGAUGUCUUAAUCGCAAUAUACAAUUUUCAGGGUGAUUUAGUGGAGUACUACUAUAUAUGGAAGAAGACUCCAUCAGCAAUGAGUUCCAGGCCACAUCGACGAAGACGCCAUAACGUACUACGUCGUCGUAACAUUACUCGAUCCACGAAAACAUCGUCUAGCGAAUUUGGUAAGAUUCACAGAAAAACAAUUGAUUUUCCAAUAAUUGGUUUUGAAUGGUUUGUAAAGAUUUACCAUGGGGGAAACCAUGGAAAAACUGAAGUCUUACCAUUUUUGAUUAUUAUGAAUUUUCCAAAUCGUAAAUUGGUAAAAAGCAUGAUGUCUAAUUAUUUACUGUAUCAUUAACGGUAUUUUAUGUUUUACUUGUGAUUGAGGCUAUUCCAUUAUAAAGAUGAUUUUAUCACUUUGUAAAUUUGACUAUUGUAUGUAAAUUUGACUAUUGUAUGCAUGCAUGCUACUAAAGCUUAGAAAUGAUGUUUUUAUUUUGCAGUUGAACUGAGCUCAUGCAGUGAAGACGACGAGUAUCAUAGUGAAGACAGCGACAAAGAUUUUAGGUAACUGUUUUAUAAAAAAAUACUUGCCAUUCACUUCUUUCAUAGGCAAAGUUUAUUAUAAUUCUGAAAACUUGCUCAGACCAAUCCAUGUUUUCGUCGGGUAUGAUCACACAUUAAUUUUUUUAUAGAACUCAAAAGAAAAAGAAAGUUGUACAGCACAUUGCAUUGCAAUUAAUUCAAUUGCAUACUAAAUUUGAAUAUAAAUUCAAUAUACAUAUUGUAGCAAUUCCUCUGAUCAAUUUAACUCCUCAAUAUUACGCAAUUGAAAGGAAUUCCAAUCGACGAAUCGUAGUUUGUAUAGUAUAUUCUAAUUAAGUAAUAAGAGUUGUAAGAGUUGCGUUUUGGUUUUGAAAGAAUAAGGGAGAAAUUAUCUAAAUCAAUGUGGCAAAAUGAUCGGUCAUAAUGUCUGUGCAGAGCAAUUAACGCAAACACGCAAUUGCGGUAUGUUACUGGGCACAUUAGCGUUUAUAUUUUCCUUGGAAAAUGGCCGAUGAUCGACUGGUGUCUUGAAUACUGCCUGUAGAAAGAACAAUUUAGAAAUGAUAAAGCUAUCCGGAUCCAGUUUAAGUAAAGGUACAAUCCAGAGCAAAAUGAAUUGCAACAACUAUUUCAAAUUGUGUUACUUUCAUGCAUUUAAGUUGUUCUGUCCUUGCCUGUUUCGAACCCCCCUUCCCCCCAAUUUAAUGUUGUCCAAAUUAUGUUAUGCACUUUUCGGGAUACAACUAUAACUGGAGAACAACAUUGAACGGGGGGAAGGGGAAGAAAUUAAAGAACAAAGCCAAUUUUUUCCGCUAUUGUUAGAUAUGCCAAUUUUUUAUGAAAAUCUCUUGUGUGUCGCAACCAUUUUGCUCUGGAUUGUCAGUCGUGGCAAUGAAAGUGUUCCUAAAAUAUUCUACUAAUUCAUUCGCUCACACAAACCAAUUCAUUUUAGACGUUUCAUCUUUUCUUUUGCAGUCUCUACUGCUGUCGACAUUGUUAUUCAGGGAAAUCAAAAAGUUGGCACCAUGGUGGCUACGAACGUUUGAUCCUCUGCUCGCCCUGCUUGGAAUAUUUCAAGAAAUACGGAGUGAUGAGAAAAAUAGAGGGAACACGUGACCCACCGCCGCAUAUGUUCAAAGGCAUGCUGGGUAAAGAGAAUGAGGUGGAUUACUUCAUCAAUGGUAAACAGUUGCGCAGUCGCAGAAGCACACCUAAUACGUCAAGUAGUCUACGUUAUGGACGCACAAAGGCAUGCAGUCCUGUUGAUGGUAAGCGAUAUAAUAAUUGACGUACAAUCCUGAAUUGUGACAGCGCAUUCUGCUCUAAGACUAACGAGAGUCUAGGGCCAGAGUCUCAUUUAUUAACUGAAUCGAAUGGAAAAGAGCGAUACCAUAGGACAAGGGUCCCGAAAUUCGCAGCAGUUAUUGAGUUUUAGUACGCAUUACGAUCAACCUCAAAAAUAUUGACACAACAAGAGGAAGAAAAUUAAAUUGUGUAUAAUGAUGCUUAAAGGAAUUAAGUUGUUAUUUCCUUACUCUGAUAACUGUUGAGUGACCACCAUUUCUUGCACGAUACUGCUCAUGCAGAAAAACCCUAGAUUUCCAGUUUCCCGACCCUACCCAGCCUUUUGCAACCUAAAUUCUCACCACGAUAUUUCGCCAAGUGUCGCCAUUAUUGCUUGAUCAAGUUGAUUGUCUGUUCUUUUAGCAGUGGCCGCACGUGACUCACCACUUCCUGGCCGGAAGUUAACAAGACUAUCCAAACCAGGCUCUCCUUCCGGUGCUAGUACCGGAAGUAACACCAGCAGUUCCGGAAGUAACAAAACGGUAAGUGAAACAUUACGUGAGGAACGUAUGAAGAAGUUUUAUAUCCGCCAAAUAUUGUUCACGUUUUAAGUUCCAUGUUUUGGCUCCUAUAGACGCAAGCCAAUAAACGAAGACGAACGAAGAGGACCACAGAUUCUGCGGUAGAGAACACUUUGCCACCAAAGCGAAAGAAAUCGGUCACGCGGGUAAGUUAUUUUCGUUUUAAUAAACACUUCCCCAAUUUGCUUUUGCGCACAGUGUAAUAUAAUUUCUGUAGUGGUGAUCUCAUUGCAAUCCUCGAUCUUACCCCAAUAUCUAGCGAAUUCGGGAAGUGUCAUUCGUGCAACACACUUAUUUUUCCACCCUUGUGUAGAAAACAUUUGAAUCGCGGGUAAUUGCUAAUCCAUCACAGGGCAACAUGCUUAAAAUAAUUUUAAAACUGUCAUGUUAUAAGAGGACGAAACAGAUUAACAUACUUCAUUGCUCAAUAGACAAUAGUCAGAACAAAUCUUUGUCAUUUAUAAGUUCUUUGUCAUUUGUUUUCAAAUAUAAACUGCAAGAAGAACAGAGUUGUUAAAGUAGUAUACUAUAAAAACCGAAACGAAAACAUCUUGAAACCUAAAAUAUGGACUAUAGUUACAAAUUUAAAUUUAUUUGACCGUUUGUAAUGAGUAAUACAUUUGUCAUUUAUCAACUAUAUACAUGUAUAAAGGGCAUUUAUACUUAAUUUGCAAAUCAGUUGGUCCAACGAUGCUUCUGUAAUUAAUGGGAUCGGCAUAUAACAACAACAACAUCGUCUAAUAAAAGUCAAACCCAAUCCAAUUUCAGGCAAGGCUUGCCCAACAUAGUGUUCAAACAAUAGUUUUUGAUGUUGGACGAAUAUGUUGGCCUCGUCUGAACGGGCCUCCACCAUUUAAACUUAGACCAUGUCUUGGGUUUUCAAGAUGUCUUUAUUUUAGGGUUAAUUUUGUUUUGUACUGAAUUGCCUUAAAUUGUCGGCUGGUUCCGGCUUUCAGAGUUGAUAUAGAAGAUUUAAAUUUUACACCGCAUAACUUUGCUGGCAAUUUACGCACAGAGCUGGGGAGGUCUGUUAAAUAAGUGGAUUAGAAUAAAUAGAUUAAUAGAAAAAUAUCACAAUUGUUGUAAAGGUAGUGCGUAGUUGAGGUGAACAUAUUUUGACCUCAUUUUUUUUAACUCUUUUUUUACAGGAAUCAGAUGAUGAACUAGAAACUGACCAAAGCGAAAGGAAUAGCUCUCCCAUGGCUGAACAGGAGGCCACCCCCCUGGAAGGUGAUGUCACAAGCCUAAGCAGUAGAACGAGUACGAACGAGGAAGCUUGCCUCAGUCCCUCGCCUGAAUCGCUCGACGACCCCGAACGCGAGUUCAAAAUGGGUAAAUUUCCCGCGCGUCAUGUCCCUGAUGGCAGAACGAGCGCGCGAACAGGGUUGCCUUUUAUGGCGUACAAGAAGCCGGAAGCGGCUGCGGUCAAUUCCAAAGAGUCUGGGGAGAGAAUUUUGAAAGACAAAAAACUACAGGUAAGGAUGUCUGUCACCUAAUUAUUACCAGGGCACGAUUACAAAUUGUGGCCACCAAUUGACAGCUAAGAUAAGCGACAGUCUUGGACAUAACCCUUGAGACCAUUCCAGCCAAUAUUGCAAAGUUAAUUUUUCUGUGCAUUUCUGAUCGUGUCAUUCAAUGAUUCAAAUUAUAACAUAUACAGAGUUUAUCAUGUAGUAUGGCAAACACGAGCAGUUUAUUAAGGAUCUCACAAAUACAUGUACUAACACACUUUAUAAAUCACGUAGUCGUGGCUAAAUUGACAACGGGAUUUUUGAAAAGUCUCGUAGUAAAACAAACAUCUACUACGAGAUUGUAGCGUAUGGUGGAGCCAUACUUGUAGUCAAAACUGAAGCUCUCUGAUGCCCUCUACUAUCCCUAAGUUACCGCUACAAUAUGUACGUUACCAUUGUUAACCAUGAUAAAUAAUUUUAGACUUUGCCGAGGAAUGUGAUCGUUUAUCUAUUAACUAGAAUUAAUUGUUUACUCACACGAAUAAAUUUUAUAUUUUAAAGUAUAUGUACUGUUCAGACUGCAGACUACGACUGUUUUAUUUGUUUUACAAAACAUUCUUCUUCAGAAAAAUAUCGAUAAAAUGGCGCAUUUAAUAAUAGGUUGUGUUUAUUCCCUUACAGAACGAAGACCUUGCCAUGCGCGCGCAGAGAAUUCAAAAACAGGAAAGCAAAUCAAGCUCGGAAUGUAUUACGUCAUCAAGUACAAUGUCACAACAGGAAGAACAUCGCAAGUACAUGUCGAGGGCGACUCGCUACCCGUACCCUGGAAUUCCGGGUCCACAUGGAGCUAUUAUGGCCCACAUGCCUGUAUCGCUCCACGGAGAUAUGCCAAUGUUGCCCUGGUUGCGGCCCGGGGCCAUGAAAGACUUUGAGAGCUGGUACUCCCCACACAAAGCAGCAUCGCUUACCCGAGGAAAUCCCAACUUACCGCCAACGAUUUUACACUCGCCGACGAUAUUAGAUCGGAAUUCACCGCUACAUAAGGACGCUGGGAUAUUGCUCCCAGCCGGACACUUGCCCGGGGUUCCACCUCCGGUCGGAACUGAUCCAAUCACGGGGCUUCAUCAUUCGCAUUCACAUUUCCACACCCAUUACCACGUGCACCCAGAUAAUCAACCGCGCAGCCCAUCAAUUGGCCUGGAACCGAACUUACUCUGGCGGAAUCCGCAGCACGAAAUGUGGUUACACCCGAACGCAGGCAUACCUACGGGCCACCCGCAUAUGGGCUUGCCGGCCGGACACCCACGACACUUUUUUACACCCGCAGACGACAUCGCCAGCGUAUCUCCCUAUUUUCAUGGCUUGUACCCGCCCUCGAGGGAACUUCAACUUCAACACGAACUCAUGAUGAGUCAGGGGCUAAAAAUAGAGCACGGCUAUCCAUUUUACCCACCUCUAUUCUCACGUGAACAGAUCAUGCGGUACGCCCGACCUCAGGGCUCCAGGAUCGAAAACGAGUUAAGACGUUUGGAGACUGGAGAUGAGUCUAGCGUAAGUCUUCUACAUCGCUCAGAUCCGCGUGUCAUGCGCAAUCCGGCCCUGAAGAACCUUGAGAAUGGCGUAUUUCGUCCGUCGAGUAAAAUACACGAGACUACUAUCAUAGAUUUAUCAAAAAUUGAUUAGCGGUUUAAAAAGUUAUGUUGUUGGGAUCUGCCUGUACGAAUGUUGGAAAUUCUUAUUUGGAAACCAAUACUGUUGAAGAGGACUUGUUGUCACACAAAAUUCCAACCGACUGCAAGUUAUCAAUAAGAUAUUUUCUUAGAUGCGAGUUUGAAAUCCACCAUGAUAAAAAGAUGGCGGCAAAUCCAUCGUAAAAACAGUUCUUUGCGAAUUUGAUGAAUCCGCUGCGAUAACAGUUCAAAAAUGUUUGACAUGCCAUAUCAAUAUAGCAAGGAUUUUUAUUUGACUUCUUUUUUACGAAACUUUAUGUCUGCAAAGCAGUGUCUUCUGCGAUUUUCUGUUCGCGAAAUCGACAAUUCGCUUUGUUUUUAAGAUCGAAUUGUCGCCAUCAUUUCCAUUAUGGUGAUUGCAGCUACGUUCCUGCUAUCGGUUAAGAUAUUCUUUAUAUUUUUUUCGCUGAAAAAUACGGCCGGCAAAUGACCAACAUUCGUGCAACAGCAUCCCUUGUGUGUUUGGGGCGUUUGUAGUUUUCGUAUAUUAGUUUAGAAAAUUUUCCCAAUUGAAACGCGUUUUGUAAAUAUUUGAUUUUAUUUAUACCACUUCUAGAAGUUAGUCUUGGUUUUUCAAUUCAAAUAAAAAUGGUUUUGUUCUGAGAUUAUUAUAUAUGCCGGUUUUGUA